UUUGUUAAGGCAGUUCCGCCGGCCCCUCAGAGCGCUCGGCGUUCCCUCAUAAAUCAAGCCGGGAACGGCGGAAUCGGCCUGGAAAUGGCGGGAUGGAGCCUAAAUCGCCUGGGGCUGAAUCAAAAUCCCCUUUGGCGAUUGAGCCAAAGCGCCCAAAUCCUGGAGCUUGCCAUGGACUGGGGCGGUCCUGGAAAGGGCGGGCGGUGACGCCACCUCCCCCCGCCCCCUUUGCGGCGCCUCCCGAUCCCGCUCGGGGCCUUUCCGGCGCGCCGUUCCCGGGGCUCCUUCGCCACCGGAGCGUCCCCAAGGUGUCCCCAGGGUGUCCCCGGUGACCCCAUGGAGCCCCCAGAGCUGUCCCCGGCCCUGCUGCAGCCACAGGUCACCGUGGUGGCCAUCCUGGGAGAGCUGCUGGACACCCUGAGCAGGCAGGAGGAGAUAAUGCUGCUACCCGUGUCCCCAUGGUCCCUGUACUGGGACGUGGAGUUCUUCACCAGGGAGCUCCAGGUCGUCCUGCACCGCUUUGAUAACCCCUGGUGGCCCCAAGAUGUCACCUGCGAUGAUGAUAGCCCUUCCAAGCCCCUGAGGCAGGACUCAGCCACCCACAAGAGACCGCCAUUGGUCUCCUUUUUCCAUAAGCUAUUUGAGCUCGGUAAGUACCUGUGGUCGGUGCCUGCACUUGUGAACGGCUGGGCCGAGCUGGCCAGGAAGGCCACCGAGCUCCGCAAGACCUGCAGGGUGAUGGCCACCAAGGCGGCUGACAGAGCGGUCACCGCCACUGCCUGGGCCAGGGAGCUGCAGAACGAGGCUGCCCGUUAUGGAACAGCUCAGGAAAACAUGGGGGAGCUGGGUCAGGCCAUGGGCAAGGAAGAGGGGUCCGAGGUGGUGGCCGGGCAUGAAGCCCAGGUGAGGAGAGAGGCCAGGGAGGCCGCCAGCGAGGCAGCAUGGGCCACCAUGGUGAGACAGCAGGUGGAGGCAGCCCUGGGGCUGCUGGAGCGCUUGGUGGCCGCGUGUGACGAAGCCACCGCGUUCCCCCGGGAGCUGCGGCGCCUGCUCUCGGUCACCCUGAAUGGCCCGAAGAGGACAAGUGAGGCAUCCCCUGAUGUUGCCGAGGACUUGGUGGCCAAGGUGGACAUGGCUGAGAAGCUGUGGGAGGCCAACACCCGCCUGGCCAAGGAUCAUCUGCUGGGGGCAGUUGAAGACAUCAUAGAGUCCUAUUUCAUUCCUGGUCACUUUGGCUCCCGUGCCUGUGAGGUGGCCGAGCGGUGUCAAAGAGCCAUGGAGGACAUCCCAAGGCUCGUUCAACUGCCCUCGUUCAACGUGGAGCGUCCCCAGAGCUUCCCCACGGUGUCCCCAGUGAGCAUGGAGCCCCAAGAGCUGUCUCCAGCCCUGCUGCAGCUGCCCGUCACUGUGGUGGCCACCCUGGGUGAGCUGCUGGACAUCCUGCCCGGUUCAGAUGAGAUGCACCUGUUUGAGUCCCCAGGGUGCCUGUAUUUGGACUUGGAGGAUUUCACCAAGGAGCUCCAGUACACCCUGUACCGCAUUGAUGACAGCUGGAGGUGCCAUGAUGUCAUCUCCGAUUUUGAUGACCAUCUCACCUCCCUGAGCCAGACCCUGGCCGCCUACAAGAGCACCCCAGGGACCACCCGGAACCGUUUGGCAAUGGCGGCCAGCAAGUGGCAGGGGUCGGUGUCUGUGCUUCUGGACAGGUGGGCCGAGCUGACCAGGAAAGCCACCAAGCUCCGCAACGCCUGCAGGGUGAUGGUCAGCAAGGCGGCUGACAGGGCGGCCACCGGCACUGCCCAGGCAAGGGAGCUGCAGGACGAGGCUGCCCGUGAUGGGACAGCUCAGGAAAACAUGGUGGGGCUGGGUCAGGCCCUGGGCAGGGAGGAGGGGGCCGAGGUGCGGGCCGGGCAUGAAGCCCAGGUGAGGAGAGAGGCCAGCGUGGCUGCCAGCGAGGCAAGAAGAGCCACCAUGGAGAGACAGUGGCUGGAGGUGGCCCUGGGGCUGCUGGAGCAUUUGGUGGCCGCGUGUGAUGAAGCCACUGCGUUCCCCCGGGAGCUGCGGCGCCUGCUCAGGGACAUUGAGGCUGUCCUGGAGGGGACAAAUGAGGCAUCCCGCAAUGUCCUCAAGGGCUUGGUGGCCAAGGUGGCUGAGGCCGAGCGGCUGUGGGAGGCCAACGCCCGCCUGGCCAAGGAUCACCUGGUGGGGGCAGUUGACAACAUCAUCAAGUUCUAUUUCACUGGUGGUCUCCCCAGCCUCAGUGCCUGUGAGGUGGCCGAGCGGUGCCAAAGAGCCAUCGAGGACAUCCCAAGGCUCCUUCGACCCCCAGAACAUCCCCAGAGUGUCCCAAAUGUGUCUCCAGGGAGCAUGGAGCCCCAAGAGGUGUCUCCUCCGCAGCUGCAGGUGCUGGUGGCCGUGGUGGACAUCCUGGGCAAGCUGGUGGCCACCCUGGCUGGGCCAGACAGGGACAAGUCCUCAGACUCCCUGCAUGAGGACAUGAGGAGAUUCACCCGGGGCCUUCAUGCAAUCCUGAACCACGGCGGUGUCACCUCCCUGGGCCAGCCUGGUGUCCCCUCCCUGAGAUGGGCCCUGGCCACCCUCGGGGCCACCUCUGGGACCACCUGGGCCAAUGGGAGAGCCGCAGCCAAGGCGUGGCGGGAGUUGGUGGCCAGGCUCGUGGACAGCUGGGACUGGCUGGGCAGGGAAGCCACCAAGCUCCGUGAGAAGGUGGUCACAGAGCAGAGGCUGCUGAUGGCCCUGGACAAGGAGAUGGCCUGGGAAAUGGCCACAUAUGAUGCCCAGGUGGUGACAGCCACCAAUGAGGCCAUGGGAGAGGCUGUGGUGGCCACCAGGAGGGGACAUUGGGCAUUGGUGGCCCUGGGGCUGCUCAGGCGCUUGGUGGCCAUGUGUGACAGAGCCACCUUGUUCUACUGGAACAUGGAGUGGCGGCUCAGGGACAUCAAGGCUACUCUGAAGGGGACAAACGAGGCAUCCCAUGAUGUCCUCCAGGCCUUGAUGGCCAAAGUGGCCACGUUUGAGUGGCUGUGGGAGGCCAGCACCCGCCUGGCCAAGGAUCACCUGCUGGGGGCACUUGGGGACAUUGACAACAUCCUCUUGAGUCCCGGUGGUGGCCCUGGCAGCAGUGUGGUGACCGAGCGGUGCCAAAAAGCCAUCGAGGACAUCCCGAGGCUGCUGCAGGAAAGUUUCACAUAGGGGCAGUGACAUCAUCAGAGACAUCACUGCUGUCACCUGUGCCCUCCCCGUGCAGUGUUUGAGAUAAAUCUGGGGAAUUUUCAGUGAUACUGUCCCAAAUCCUGCUGGGAAUGACAUCCCUGGGGACACUCUGGGACAGUCAGGGACACUCAGGGACAUUCAGGGACAGGGGACAGGGGUGAAUGAGUCCCCUCAAGAGCUUCCAGGUUUGCACUGUGCUUGCAACAGAGCCGGGUCGUUAAUGACAAUUUAAUAAUUGCCUUUUGCACAUUGUAUUGAUCAUCAGCAAUUUGAUAUGGUCUUUGAUACUGAUAUUGAUUAUCGGUGAUACCUUGUAGCUGCUGGUUGGAGCAAUAAAAUCGAUCAGUUCAUGUGUGCACCGUA